AUGGAAACCGACACAGAUACAAUCUCCUCCCGCAUCUCCCCCACCUGCCCCCCCGAAACCCAACGCGUUCUAACAGCCGCCUGGUCCCACGACCUGACCGCCGUCAAAAAACUCCUCGACACCCCAGGCCGCGCCAGCGUCCAAGACCCAACCACCGGCGAAACCCCCCUGCACGCAGCCAUUCGGGCUUGUGGACCUGCGCCGGAGGCAGAGGGAGGGGAGGAGGAGGAAGAGGGUCUAGCAGACUUGGAAGCAGCCAAGAAGGUUGUUUAUGAACUGUUAUUAUGGGGUGGGAUAUGGAAUGAUGUGGAUGAUAGGAAUGAGACGCCGGGGUGUGUGGCGCGGCGGUUGGGGAGGGGGGAGUUGUAUAAUUUGUGUGUGGAGGCCGGGGUGAGGGCGGAGAUGUUGUUUGGGUUGAUGGGGGGGUAUGAGGAGUUGGAGAGUGUUGAUGGUGAGGAUGAGGAGGAGGACGAGGAGGGUGAGGGGGGUGUGGAGGUGGUUGAUAUGGAUGUUGAGAACCCGGAGAUGGUGGUUGUGGGUGAGGAUGGGGAGGAGGCGCCUGAGUUGGUGGGCGGGGAGGUUAAUGGGAAGGGGGGGUCGGUAGAGACAGUGCCGGCGGAAGGGGAAGAAGGGCUAGAAGCAGAGCAGGAGGAGGAAGAAGAAGACGUGGAGGAGCCACGAUUUAAACGGCCAAAGGAGGACACUGAAGCAGACGUCAACUUUGAGGCGUACCUACGCUCGAAACUCACAUACACCGACGGGAAGCUUGUGGACGACGACGGGAACGGUGUCAUGAUGGCUUGGGAGACCGAUAUCAUGCGCCGGAGCGUGAAUGCAUUGUUACCAGGGAAACAACCAGGCAAGCGGAUCUUGAACAUCGGUUUCGGGAUGGGAAUCAUUGAUACCAUGUUUGCGGAAACCCAGCCUGCGGUACACCACGUUAUCGAAGCCCACCCGGGAGUCUGGGAACACAUUUCAAGUCCGGGAUCCAAGUUCGGCUCGGCAUGGGAAGAGAGUGCCCCGAAGCCCGGUGCUUUCAAGAUUCACAAGGGGAAAUGGCAAGAGGUUUGCCAACAGCUGGUCCUACAAGGGCAAACCUAUGACGCUAUCUAUUUCGACACGUUUGGUGAAGACUACUCCCAGCUACGCAUGUUCUUUACCGAACUAAUUCCCAGUCUCCUCGACGGGCAAGGGCGGUUUGGCUUUUUCAACGGCCUCGGCGCGGAUCGUGCGAUUUGCUAUGAUGUCUACACCAAGGUGGCCGAGCUGCACCUUACGGACGCUGGCCUGGACGUCGAUUGGGAUGUGAUCGAUGUGGAUAUGUCACAUCUUGCUGAAGCAGGCAAGGGGGAGUGGGAGGGGGUCAAAAGGAGGUAUUGGACGCUGGACAAAUACCGCCUGCCAACAUGUACAUUUCUGGGUUGA